AUGCAGGUUCACGCUCCAGAACUGACCACGGAGGGUCGGUCUUGUCAAGACCAGAUGGACCAGGUCCUGACCCCGAGAGAACAUCUGUCUGCUGAAGACUUAAAGAAGAAUAAGGAGCUGCUGGACAGUCUCAGUCGAGGAUUCUUUGUGGAAAACAGCUGUGAUCAGCCCUGUGUGAGGAGGGAGUCCAUCCAGCCCCCACCCCCCUCUCCUGUUAGCUGGGACGAGUACGUCACUGCACCCUCUGGAAGGUGGCCACACCUGGGCAGACCAAUGGUCAUCAAGGAGACCAGGAAGUCUCUCAAGGCAACUGUUGCCAUGAGUGAAGAGUUUCCUAUCAGACUAGACAGGCUGCUGGAUGUUCUGGAGAUCAUCGCUCCCUUUAAGCACUUCCUGAAGCUGAGAGAGUUCGUCCAGCUGAAGCUGCCGUCAGGAUUCCCCGUCAAGAUAGAAAUUCCAGUCCUCCCGACCAUCACAGCGAAGAUCACGUUUCAGGACUUCCAAGCGAGAGACUCCGACUUUUACCCAGAAUCCUUCUUCCUCAUCCCCAACAACUUCAAAGAAGACCCCAACAGGUUCCCUGACUUGUGAACACCUGUCACCCCUGUGGAGCAGUGGACCUGCCCAACAUCUGCCUUCUUCUGUCUCGAUCUGGACUGGUCCAUGUGUGGAAAAGGGGUGGUGUGCAUUUUAAAUCUUACCAAAAUCUACCAUUUUUCAAUUUCACAAUUUCUAACAUAAGGAUCUUGAAAACAUGUUAUUAUUAUUAAGUCCACCUUUAAAAUAUACAUACAAAAUUACUGAUGAAGCCAAAAUGUAUCCAAAAUGUUUGCCAAGUUAACAUGUGCAGAUGUGCAUUUUUAAUGGCACAGAAUUCUACCAUUGUUUUCGG